AUGACAGCAAAUGAGAACCAAGGCGACAAAUUCCAUCUACCCGAUCAGAUUCCAGGGGGUGCCGACGGCAAUGGUGACACGACCAGUGACAGUCUACCCUGGGCCAUCUAUUCGCUGGACAGCGCCGUCCCAGAGUCUAGUCUGCGCGCCUUGGCUGCCGAGAUGGAAGGGGAGCGCUACGUCGUCACGAUUCCUGACGGAGAAGACAUUCACCUCUUUCACGUCGCGCCAACAGACUCGCUCUACCAGCCCAACCUCGAAGCAGCGCUGCGAACAGUUCUGAAGCAGACGCAUGAAACCAAACCUGAUAACGAGUAUUUUCCUUACGGCUGCAUUGUCGUGCAUGACAAAGAUUGGUCCACUCAGGGAGUUUGGCUCGUUUACAUCGACUGUGAUGAUGAUUGCCCUGUGACCGGAGUAAGGAUAGGGCUCGCAGAUGUUGGCUCCGCCUGCUGGAGUCUGAGAGACGACGAAAAUUGUGCGAGUGAGAUUAAGAGAAUGUACGAGCUUAAGAACUAG